CACUUGUCAUCAUUCCACCUCCAUUCUCAUUCUUCACUUUACUCUCAAAGCGCGUGUGCUCACUUUCUCCCUGUUGAAUUCCUUGACUGAAACUCCACUUCAGCUUCCUCAAUUUCUCCCUUGGAAAAAAAAAAUAAUAAUCAGAAACCCUAGUUCCAAUCUUUGUACCUUAGACGUACCAAAAACCCUACCUUUUCCCCUCUUUCAUAAACCCUUUUCCAAAAAGAUCCCUGGGCAUUGUAUUUAUAUAAUUUCUGGCCCAAUCAUCGAAUUAAGAUCAUUUACACCUAUGAAUUAGAAAAAUUAGCUGUUUUCUUUCAAAAUUAGGUUUUGUUUCUUCAUCAAGAUUAGGGUUUUGUAUUUUGUAUUUUUGUUCAUUCGAUAAAUGGCUACAGGGCCAAUUUUUGCUGGCGGUGGAGAUUCUCGAGGAAAGAAACAGAAAUGGAUAGAUACUAACAAUAGCAGCAAAAAAAUGUAUGCCCAAAAACUCCAUAACAAAUCAAAAAAUCCCACCCAUAUCCCUCAUCCGGAACAGUUCUCUCCGGGCGGCGAAGAGUACAACAAGAACAGCUACUACUCCUCGCAGCAGCCGAAACAGCAGAAGCGCUUCAACACCGUGGCGUCUGACCAUUCGUCGAGUCACAAUCGCCUUCAACCGGGUCCACAGAAUGAUAGGACUGGUAAUUCACUAUCCGGGUAUGUGAAAUUUGAUAAUAAGGUUAGAAUUAGCUUGAAUGAUAGAUCAAAAUCAGUUAUUAGAGAGCUAAAGAGAAAACUAGUUAGUGAACUUGAUCAAGUUAGGAGCUUGAAAAGGAAACUUGAAGCUAAUCAAAUUCAAUAUGGUGGGUAUAAUUAUAAUGGGAUGAUAGGUGGUGAUGAUGGUACAGGGGGAGGUUAUAGUAAUAAAAACAGUACUCUUGCUAGGGUUAAUUCUGAAGUAAGUUAUGUGGGGCCCAGUGAUCCACAGCCGUUGCAAGGAUUAGCUAAUGAUUACGGUGGUGAUGGCGAGAAUGUUAAGAAAGAGAGUAAAACCUCAAAAGUGAAUCAGCAUCAUAAGAAUCCUCCAGUUUCUGUGAUAAGGAAGGAAAAGACUAGUAAUUUAGAGACUAAGAAGUUGAAACAAUGCAGUGGAGAGAAGAAAGUCGGCAGAGGGAAAGUAACGGAGUUGGAUUCAAAUAUGGAUAGGUAUAAUAGGGAGAUAUUUAAAAAGUGUGAAGAUUUGUUAGGAAAGUUGAUGAAUCAUCAAUAUGGAUGGGUGUUUAAUGAACCUGUGAAUGUGAAGAAAUUGAAGUUGCACGAUUAUUAUAAGAUUAUUAAGCAUCCCAUGGAUUUGGGGACAGUAAAGAGUAGGUUGCAGAAGAAUUGGUACAAGUCACCUAAAGAGUUCGCAGAGGAUGUGAGAUUGACAUUUAAUAAUGCUAUGACUUACAAUGAGAAAGGGCAGGAUGUGCAUAUUAUGGCAGGAACAUUGUUCAGAUUGUUUGAGGAGAAGUGGACAGUUAUGAAGGGCAAGUUUAACUGUGAUGAAAGGCACGAUAUAGGGCAUGAUACAAGUUUUCCAAAACAAGCUUCAAAGAGAGCUCCGGCUCUGGCUCCAGCUCCAGCUCCAGCUCCUCCUUCCCCUAAUCGCAGUCCUCCUCCAUUGAAAAUGCCCUUGGAGAGAAGGAAUUUGGAUAGAUCAGAGUCUAUGGCAAAGCCUUUGGUUUCCAACUUAGAAGGAACAAAUAUUGUCACACAUGAGGGUAAGACACCAAUGUCAAAGAAGACUGAGCCAAAGGAUCCUGAAAAGAGAGAGAUGACUUUUGAAGAGAAGCAGAGACUGAGUAUGGACCUACUGAAUUUGCCUUCAGAGAAAUUGGACAGUGUUGUCCAGAUUAUUAAAAAGAGGAACCCUGGGCUCUGCCAACAAGAAGACGAGAUUGAGGUGGACAUUGAUAGUUUUGAUAUUGACACACUAUGGGAACUUGAUAGGCUUGUAACCAAUUACAAGAAGAAUUUGAGCCAGAACAAGAGAGAAUCUGAAACCACUUGUCAUGAAAGAGAAGAAGCUGGCCACAACUACCAGGAGGCUAAUCAGAUAUCUACUGCUGCAGGGGCACCAGAAGAAUCUAAAGCAGCACUUAAGAAGAUUUUGCUGUAUGUUCUCCCAAUCGAGCAGAGAAACAAGGUGAUAAUGCGAGUAAAUCAAGUAGUUCAGGCUGUUCUAGCAGUGACUCUGGAUCAUCUUCAAGUGAUUCUGAAGGUGAUAGUGGCUCAGGAUAUGGAUCAGAUGCAGGCCAAUGACAUAGGAGCUGGUAGACUUAGUUGAGCCUGCACUUAGAUGUCAAUUGAUGGAUCCUUAUCUGCACCUGACAAAGCUUGAGAUGCUGGUUCUUCCAGUUACGAAAUGUAGUAGUGUUCUCAAGGUACUUGAAAUCUUGUAGCUUUUUAUUUUAAGUUUUGUCAACUUGGGUUAUGCUUAAAAGCUGAUUCCUUGUUCUUGGGUGGUAGGGUGAAUAAUUUUAUACAAAUACUAGCAUUAGAGUUUCUUUUGCCCAUGACUUGUAAGGUAUAGUGGACAAGAAGAAAUAGAUAUUUAAUGGAGUCCAAGUUCUUGUUCCUUUUGGCCCCUCGAGUGUUAUAUAACUCCUGAAUCCCACGUGUUAAAUUAGGUUCUGAAGUGUUAUGCUACAAAGGAAUUCAUGUGAUUUUAUCACCAUUAUAUUG